ACCGUUAUACUUUCCUCGUUCCAGUGCGACACACCACGCUGCCGGGCCUCCAACCUCGCUGUCCCGUACACUUGAAGCUUUCUCUCUCCCUCUUUACUGUGUUUCACUGUGUUUCGCAGUCAUUAAAAGCAGAGGAAGAUGAUAACAGCAUCUCAGCUUUGGCAUCUCUUCCUUCCAAGGACAGGCCUUUACGAAAUGCUUGGGUAACAACGCAAAAGCCGGUGCUGUAAUGAGCGGCAGGGGCGGGAGCUCUUGGCUGACUUUGCUCAAAAGGGCAUUCAGAUCCCCCUCCAAGAACUCCGAGAAGAAGCCCGAGCUCAACGGCGACAAAACCAAGAGAAGGGAGAACAAACGAAGAUGUUUUUUUCGCAAGUCUUCGCAGCACGAGCAGCGGGUGCAGUUAAAGCAGUCGCCGCCGUCGCCGUUGCCGGAGCAGUUGCAAAUCAUUGCUCCGGCCGUGAGUUUAGCUUGUUCACCCCUGGAGUACUACGCCGCCAUUGCAAUCCAAACUGCCUUCCGUGGCUACCUCGCUAGAAGAGCGCUUCGGGCUUUGAAAGGACUGGUAAAGCUCCAAGCUUUAGUGAGAGGGCACAACGUUCGAAAGAAAGCAAAUAUAACUCUGCAAUGCAUGCAAUCUCUUGUGAGGGUGCAGAGAAGUGUUCUGGACCAACGGAUAAGGCCCUCACGAUCGCAUUACGCUGCAUCUGACGAUACCAAUAUAUUGGAUUCUACGCGUCUGCAAGAUAUCUUACAGAGAAGAUCCUUGAAGACGAGAGAACGUGGCAUAUUAGCCGGCGAUUGGGAUGACCGCCCACGCACGAUUGAGGAGAUCCAGACGAUAUUAAAGAGCAGAAAAGAAGCAGUUUUUAAAAGAGAAAAGAUCAAUUCUUACGCAUUCUCCCAUCCGGUUUGGAGAUCGGAUUACAAUCUCUCCGUUAUGAAUGAAGAAUUGCGAGGAGAUCCAGAGUGGCAAAUUUGCCUUGACCGUUGGAUGGCAUCAAGAGCAUCGUUUGAAAACAGAAGCAGAAGCAGGGGAAGAGCUUCUACAGACGACCGAAAUCCAAUCAAUACUCUUGAGAUCGACACUGCGCCGCCAUGCUCCUACGCGACACCCCGGCGGCACCCACUUUACAGUCAUCAUUUCUUAUCUCCCUUUCAUCGCUCCCCUGCCACACCCUCCCCGUACAAAACGCCGCCUUUGCAGGAAUGGAGUAGCCGCAUUGCUGCUCACUCGUCGGCCAAAGCACAUGAUAUGCCGAACUACAUGUUAGCGACGGAAUCAGCGAAAGCGCGACUGCGUUCGCAGAGUUCGCCGAGGCAGAGGCCGGUAACUCCGGGAAGGGAGAGGGCUGGUUCGGCGAAGAAACAGCUUUUGUUUCCUGCGCCGGAUUCGUACGGCGUGUGGAGCCCGAGCAUUAAGAGUGGGAUGGGGCGGCUUGUUUCGGAACUGGGAUCUAACGUGUCAUCCUCUUGUGCGGAGAGCAUCGGCUGCGAGAACUCGCCGUCGUCGGCAACGAAUCUUCGCGGGAGGUUGCGGUGAUGGGAGGCGGGGAUUCUUGGUGUUUUCAUUGUUUGGCGUUACUGCUGUCUGGCCGUAGUGGUUUGUUAGAUUGCUCUGUUUGAAUUCCAGUCACGCAAAAGCCUGUCGAUCCUUUUAUGACGUUUUGCUUGGUUUCGUGGGUCUAUUUAACCGUUCUCAACGACUAUCAUGCUCUCACAAAUACGAGAAUAUUUUAUAUUCUGAAAAUCGGGCUUUAGUCAAUUUACUGUGUGUUUGGCAGUGUGAUAUAAUAAUAACCUCUCUUGGAAACUGUGAUGUAAUUUACUUUGUCCUUCGUAUAAUAAUAUGUUGUGAUUCAUCUGAUUAGUAUUAGUAUGUGUUUGAUGCUUAAUUAGUUCUUUGUGCAUCGCGUUUUGAAAGUUAUAGCUGAGCGGAGAAGAGAGA